GGACAAUGGAGCGGCUGACAUUCCUUCCGUGUUGGAUCAGGCUGUGUCAUAGAAACCCGAGUCGUCGUCAGUCAUUGGAUGAAAAUAUAACCGCAUAGAAAGCCAAGUCAGAUGGCUUUCACACAUACUAGAUGAGGACUUCCUGUUCUGGGUGACAGUGCUGAAAUGAAGCUUCCUGUCACCAAACGUUAAGGUGAAGGCAGCUUAAUUCAGCCUGACAUCACUCUCACUUCACUUGAGGACCAAGGCGAGGUUUUUCGGCUUUGAGGAACGAGUCCAGGAAGCUGCCUCAACUGAUAAGACUUCUAGUGACGUGUGUAGGGUGUUUUGGGGGCACACAUGGAAGGUCGGUGUCGUCUCAGGACCCUGCUGCUGUGGGCUGCUGUCAUCGCUUUGUCCCACUGUCAAAACAUAUCAGACUCAAAUGAUUCAAACACAAGCCCGGUACAACCUCCAGGAAACGUUCCUCGGAUCUCCAAUGACACGGAGGCCACAAACACCUCUGAAACCAUCCAGUGCUCCUACACCGUGACACCGAUAAAGUACGGUUUUAGGUUCAACAUCAUCAGCUCUGCCGCUGGCAUGUACGACAUUGUUUUGAUCGAAAACGGCCUGCCGCUGACAAGAAACUCGAACACCACAUCGGUCAACGUCACGCACCUGAAACCCUGCACUGGAUAUGAGCACAGCGUUACAUAUCGCAGUGGCGACGACAAGGAAGCAAAACAAGGAGUUCUUUGCAACUUUACAAACCCGAUACCAAAGACGUUUACAGUGAAUAUACAUAAAAGUGAUGUCACCAAUGACACCGCCAAUGGUUGUCUUUGGUUGUCUUCUGAGUGGAACAUCAGCACUUCACUGUCACUUCCUGAAGAUUUUCAUAUGGAGAUCGCCGGCAAUGACGUGUGCAUCAGGCCGGCCUAUAGCGCCAUUUGCUCUGAAUUCACAACAAACUUAAUAUUUGCAAGAAAUUGUACUCCCUACGACUUGACGACGUUCUUCAGUGCUGAUGUUUUUUUAACUCCAGAUGAGAUAAAGCAGAAUUUUACCAUGACAAUUCCUUCAAAUAUCACAGCCUAUUUACCCCCCAAGUGCACCAAUCACUCCACUGUUUACGUCUGUGAGGACAUGGACGUCAGUAAAGUCAGCAUAAAUGUGUCUCAUCUCGAACCUUUCACAAACUACAACUGUACCGGUCACAUCAUGGAGCACAAUGUCACCAUCGCAACGCUACCGCCUCUCCUGGUCAGGAUUGACUGCGAUCUUCAGAUACAAAUUACAAACUCUCAUGUGACUCCUGAAUCCAUCGAACUGGAGUGGACGACAGAAAGUCAAAAUUGUAGAGGUAUCGCUUCUGAAUUUCAAGAACUAUCAUAUGAAUGCAGCUGUGUGCCUCAAAUAGAGGAAAAGAAGAAGUCUGGAAAAAGUAUGGCAAGCAAACACCCAGACCCUAUUGGAUGUACUGUUACCGGUUUGAGUCCGUACACUUCGUAUAUUUGUACGAUCCACCCCACUUACAGAAAUAAGCAUAUUGGCCAAGUAACCACUGGAGAUCCAUUGGAUACUGCCAUUGGAGUGCCAGACGGCGUAACUGACCUGAAAGCAACCACUGUUGAAAACAACGAGAUUCAAGUGACUUGUCAACAUUCAAAUCAAUUCAAUGGGCCAAACAAUGCAUUCAUUGCAAUACUCCGCCGGGAUGGUAGUAAAAUGGCGGAAAGCGAGCAGAGGAAAACAAUCUGUGAGUUCCUCUUCACAGAUUUGAGCUACUCUACGACCUAUCACGUGGAGGUGUUGGCCUCCAACAAGGAUUUCAACAGCUCAAUCUCGCAAGACACCACUGAUACUCGUUACAAUGACAAAGCCCUCACUGGGUUUCUUAUCUUCCUCAUCAUUUUCACAUCCGUGGCACUGCUCGUGGUUCUCUACAAGAUCUACGUCGUUAAACGCCAAAGGUCCCGAGACAUGAGUGAAAACCUGCUUCUUAUUCCCAAUGCAAAGAGCCUUUCCGUGGAACCAAUUGAAGCUGACACAUUGCUGGAAGCAUACAAAAGGAAGCUGGCUGAUGAGGGACGCCUUUUUCUGGCUGAGUUUCAGAGCAUCCCGAGAAUUUUUACACGGUACUCCAUGAAAGAAGCCAAAAAACCUUACAAUGCCGUCAAGAACCGCUAUGUGGACAUCCUACCAUACGAUUACAACCGAGUCCAGCUGAGAACAGGAAAUGGAGAAGCCGGCUGCGACUACAUCAACGCCAGCUUCGUCGAUGGAUACAACGAAUCCAAGAAAUACAUUGCAGCUCAAGGCCCAAAGGAGGAAACUGUGUGCGACUUCUGGAGAAUGAUCUGGGAGCAGCAAUCUUCUAUCAUUGUCAUGGUAACACGCUGCGAGGAGGGAAACAAGGUCAAGUGUGUGCAAUACUGGCCAUCUCCUGACCGAGAGACAGAAAUAUACGAGGAGUUUGUUGUCAAGCUCACUUCAGAAGAUCACUUCCCUGAUUAUACGAUCCGCAAUCUUAGCCUGACUAAUAGGAGAGAGAAGAGCACAGAGAGAGAAGUGACCCACAUCCAGUUCAUCAGUUGGCCUGAUCACGGCGUUCCCGGGGAGCCCCACCUCCUCUUGAAGCUCAGACGGCGAGUUAACGCCUUUAAAAACAUUUUCAGUGGGCCCAUUGUUGUCCACUGCAGUGCUGGAGUGGGCAGAACGGGCACCUACAUCGGCAUUGAUGCCAUGAUGGAGUGUCUGGAGGCAGAAAGCAGAGUGGACAUCUACGGAUAUGUGUUCAAACUCCGCAAACAGAGAUAUCUCAUGGUUCAAGUGGAGGCCCAGUACAUCCUCAUUCACCAGGCCUUACUGGAGCACAACCAGUUUGGAGAAACGGAGAUCUCACUGUCAGAGCUUCACAGUGCGCUAAGCAUGCUAAAAGAUAGCAGCACUGCUCAGGAACCCACUUUACUGGAGGAGGAGUUUGAGAGAGUUCCCACCUACAAGAACUGGAAGACGUUCAACACCGGGAUCAUGGAGGAAAACAAAGCCAAGAAUCGUUGUUCAUCCAUCAUCCCCUAUGACUACAACAGAGUGUUGCUGAGGUUGGGUGAAGGUUCCAGUGGUGACAGCAUCCCUGAUGAAGACCAGAACGGAGAGUCAUCUGAUGAAGAGGAUGAGUCCACUAAAUACAUCAAUGCUUCCUACAUUCAUGGCUACCCGGGCCCAUGCACGUUUAUCGCAGCACAGACUCCUCUAGAAAGCACCGUGGCCGACUUCUGGUUGAUGGUUUACCAGAAGAAAGCAUCCACCAUCAUCAUGCUGGAGGAACAUGGAGAAGAAAAGGAAUCUGUGUAUUGGGGACAAAGUGGGGUGAACACUUACGGGCAUAUUGAGGUGGAAGUGGAAUCAGAAGACGAGGCUGUGAAUGUUAUCCAUCGAAUUAUGCUGAUUCGUCACGUCAAGAGGAAAGAGAAUCACAGAGUGACGCAGGUUCAGUUCCUGAAGUGGGGGGACGGAGAGCUGCCAGAGAAACCUCAAGAUCUGACUGAUAUGAUUAAGGACGUCAGGCGGAGACAUGAUGGCAGGAAGCCGCAAGGAGAUGCUCCAGUUGUCGUCCACUGCAGCAAUGGUUCGUCCCGUUGUGGGGUUUUCUGCGCGCUGUGGAACCUUCUGGACAGCGCCGAGACUGAAAAGAUGGUGGAUAUUUUCCAGGUGACCAGAACCCUGCGCAAGGAGCGCCAGGGCAUGAUAGCGAGUCUGGACCAGUACCAGUUCUUGUAUGACGCACUAGACGGAGUCUAUCCGGUCCAGAACGGGGAGGUGAAAGCAGUCCAGGCUUCUGAAGUGGACUCUGUCCUGCUCAUCACUGAGACCCAAGCAGCAGAGCAGCAAAGUGAAGAAAAGGCUGCAGAUUCAACCGGCCCUACCGAGUUGGGCCACCAGAGGGCAGCAAAUAGCAGCGCUCCUGUGGCUGAGACAGUGGAAGAGGAUGAAAAAGAGGCAGAAAAAGUACCCAGCAUCCCCGCGGAGAUGACACCACUUCAGGACACUGUCUCUUUAAACGUCUGAGGAGUCGUAGGUGCCUUUUUUAUUUUUAUUUUGCAGCAAUAAGCGCUUUAAUUGGAUGUUCCCGUUCGGGGCAGGAAUCAUGCAACGCUUCAGUUUAUUGGGCAUCUACACAUGUUAGAUGCAAGAUGGCCGGCCCCUCUUUAUAAAUGCUUCCUGGUGGAGUUUUUUUUUAAUGCUUUUGUCACGUUUAGGCGAGAAAAUAUGACAUAUGUUGCUGCAAACUGUCUUAGCUUAAGUAAUGGGUGAAAUAAUCCUUAUUAGAGUACAUCGGUUACACAAUACUGCAUUGGCGUCACAACUUAUCCAUAGGUGCCUCUUCUCUGUACUUUAUAAUGUUUAGUAUGUAUUUCAGUAUUUUUAUUUUUAUACUCUAACUCCUUAAAGCUAGCAAGUGUGUUGAGGAAGGUAAUGAUGACUAUUUGAUUGGCUCAAAUAGCGACAUCUAACUGUUUUAAAUUAGGGGUGUCCAAAGUGCCAGCAAGGGAGCCAUUUGCGGCCCGUGUUAGGAAAUAAAAUUAAACACAAAAAAAAACAGCAAGAAUAGGAAAAACACAGCAAAAAUGCACAAAAGAAAAUGCUUAAUAAAUUAACACAAAGAUUUAUAUUAAAACGGUGGAUGAGUGGUUAGCAUGUUGGCCACAGAUCAGGAAUAUCUGGGUCCGAAACUCCGCCUGUGUGGGUUUUUUUCCGGGUACUCCGGUUUCCUCCCACAUUCCAAAAACAUGCUAGGUUAAUUGGUGACUCCAAAUUGUCCAUAGGUAUGAAUGUGAGUGUGAAUGGUUGUUUGUCUAUAUGUGCCCUGUGAUUGGCUGGCCACCAGUCCAGGGUGUACCCUGCCCAAAGUCAGCUGGGAUAGGCUCCAGCAUACCCCUAUGACCCUAACGAGGAUAAGCUGUAUAGAAAAUGAUGGGCGAUAUAGGGCGGCACGGCGGUCGAGUGGUUAGCGCACAGACCUCACAGCUAGGAGACCAGGGUUCAAUUCCACCUUCGGCCAUCUCUGUGUGGAGUUUGCAUGUUCUCCCCGUGCAUGCGUGGGUUUUCUCCGGGUACUCCGGUUUCCUCCCACAUUCCAAAAACAUGCUAGGUUAAUUGGCGACUCCAAAUUGUCCAUAGGUAUGAAUGUGAGUGUGAAUGGUUGUUUGUCUAUAUGUGCCCUGUGAUUGGCUGGCCACCAGUCCAGGUUUUACGCCACCUCUCGCCUGAAGACAGCUGGGAUAGGCUCCAGCACCCCCGUGACCCUUGUGAGGAUAAGCGCUAGAAAAUGAAUGAAUGAGAAAAAUAUGAGCUGCACGGGGUACAAGUGGUUAGCGCACAGGCCACACAGCUACGAGAUCUGAGUUCGAUUCCAACUUCGGCCAUCUCUGUGUGGAGUUUGCAUGUUCUCCCCGUGCAUGCGUGGGUUUUCUCUGGGUACUCCGGUUUCCUCCCACAUUCCAAAAACAUGCUAGGUUAAUUGGCGACUCCAAAUUGUCCAUAGGUAUGAAUGUGAGUGUGAAUGGUUGUUUGUCUAUAUGUGCCCUGUGAUUGGCUGGCGACCAGUCUAGGGUGUACCCCGCCUCUUGCCCGAAGACAGCUGGGUUAGGCUCCAGCACCCCCCGCAACCCUUAUGAGGAAAAGCGGUAGCAAAUGAAUAAAUGAAAUGAAUAUACAAUAUUAAAAAUCUACUACAUAAAAAUAUCAAAUUGGCCCCUCGCAUAUUUUUGGAAAAUAUUUGGACAUCCCUGGUUUAAAUAGCCAUAUUUAAAAAAAAAAAAAACAAUUGUAGAUGAAGAUAUUGAAAACAAUAAUGUACUUAGUAAACAUUUUUACAUCAACAAAUAAAUUGCAAAUUGAAAAGAUACAUAGAAGAUUUAAUAUCCAUUUAAAAUACAAGUGCCGUGUAUAAAAAUAAUAAUACAAAAACAUAAGAAAUUCUGUCAUGGACUGACACUUGCCUAUGUUUAUAUUUGAUGACAUAUUAUUUAAAAAGCUGCGUGUAUCAAUGUCUUGCAAGAAAUAUAUCACAUUUCAUUCUAAUGUUUGCUGUACUGGAAGGUUGAAGCUACACCGGAAUUCGGUUUUACUCUGUGGAAGGUCAAAGGUCAGCAUCUCAUAUCUUUCGUGCGUCAUCUCAAGGCACCAUCAGAUCUUCUGACGCUUCUUGACUGAAGCACCUUCUGAUAUUCCGUUUCAUGUCCUGACCGUGUCCCACUUCCGGGGGGGACCUUCAACCUCGCCCGUUUUUAAUAAACUGGAUAUUUCCAACUCAAGCCAAAUCAGUUCAAAUCUCAAAUUGAAUUCAUGUCAUUUUAUGUUCCCUUCUGUCUGACCUGGCAGUAGCAGGUCGAACUUUAGCGGUUUCCGC